GAUGUCGUACGGAAGAAGGUGGCGGCGAUUAGCGGAAGGGAUGCGAGCGAGGUCAGGGUCGUUGCUUGCCCCUACAGGAUUUGUCCUUUGGGGGCCCACAUUGAUCAUCAGGGUGGAACUGUGACUGCUAUGACCAUCAAUUAUGGAGUACUUCUUGGGUUUGUGCCCUCUGAUGAUACUGAGGUUGUACUCCAGUCUGGUCAAUUUAAAGGUGGUAUACGAUUCAGGCUCUGUUAAAAUCUUCACUGUGAGGGAGCUUAAGUCACAACUUGCAUGCUCCAUCACUUUUAACAGAGUUGAUGACUUGCAAAAGCCUAUUGAGAACCCAGGAAACAUUAACUGGGAAAGCUAUGCAAGAGGUGCAGUUUUUGCCCUGCAAAAUAGUGGAUAUGAUUUGAGAAAGGGUAUAGUAGGUUAUAUAUCUGGAGUGAAAGGACUCGACAGUUCAGGGCUUAGUUCGUCUGCAGCUGUUGGCGUUGCCUACUUGCUGGCUCUAGAAAAUGUUAAUGAUCUGGACCUAUCACCUGUUGAUAACAUUCAGCUGGACAAGUCCAUUGAAAAUAAAUAUCUGGGUCUUGAAAAUGGUAUUCUAGAUCCAUCAGCCAUUUUAUUGUCUCGAUAUGGCUACCUCACCUUCAUGGAUUGCAAGACUGCGUCACCUUCCUACGCCUACUUCUCGGAGCUGAAUAAAAGCCAGCAACCUCAAGGGCAGCUGCCAUUCAAGAUUUUGUUGGCAUUUUCAGGUUUGCAACAUAACCUACCCAAGUCGCGUGGAUAUAAUACACGAGUUUUCGAGUGCAAAGAGGCUGCACGUGCUCUGUUAUGUGUGCUAGGCUGUGAAGAUGCGCCAAUACUUCGUAAUGUUGAUCCAGGUGUAUAUGAGGCCCAAAAGUGUAUAUUAGACGAAAAUCUUGCCAGGAGGGCUGAGCACUACUUCUCUGAAAUGAAGCGAGUUGCUAAGGGAAGAGACGCAUGGGCUCGUGGAAACCUACAAGAAUUUGGGCAGCUGGUCUCUGCAUCUGGCCGUAGCUCCAUAGUCAACUAUGAGUGUGGGAGCAAAGAGAUGAUACAGCUACAUGAGAUCCUCCUGAAGGCCCCCGGCGUCCUCGGCGCACGGUUCAGCGGCGCUGGCUUCAGGGGCUGCUGCCUCGCCAUCGUCGACAGCGAACGGGCGGAGGAGGCAGCAGCCUAUGUUCGUGCCGAAUACGAGAAGGCCCAGCCAGAGCUGGUGAGCAAGAUUCCGGCGGAUCGGCGUGUGCUGAUCUGCGAGCCAGGAGACUCCGCGCGUGUCAUAUUGCCAGACCACGAUAGCCAUUGCUGAGCACUCUGUUGAUGUCGGAGCGGCCCUCACCGCCGCGCGUGUCAUAUUGUUGGAAGUAACGUUUUGUCUGAAGUGAAACUACUCGAGCUCCCAGUUCAUUUGUGUAUGCUGUAAGAACCAUUCGAUCCAUUCGUUCUUGCCCAAGCAAUAAUCAUCAAUACAAAGGUUUUUUUUUUCGAGGGCAUCAA